CGGGAGACGGCGCGGAGGGAGCGUGCGGUGCCGUGCAGCCCCUGGCCCCUCAGAGCCGAGCCGAGCCCCCGCGCCAUGCCGGCCGCCGCGCCGYCCCCGCUCCACCCCGCGGCGGGAGCCUGCUGCCACUGCCAGGGACGCCAAAGUUUGUUGGACCAUUCGCCACGUGAUGCAGGCUCAAAAGGAAAAGAGAGGAAACUACAUGGGACUUGUCCUCCUGUUGGUCGUGGGAGUUAUGGAAAGCCAUGUUUGGGCGAAAGCAGCCCCAGGUCAUCAUUUUUCAGYCCCCGCAAUGGGUUUCACACGAUACAUUCAGAGCACAGUCCUGUGAAGCCAAGGAUAAUUACAGUGGUGAAACCUGGGGGGCGCACGCUCAGGAGGAUAACCUUGCUUCUYAACAGGAGAUCGGUCCAGACCUUUGAACAGCUGAUGGCUGACAUUUCAGAAGCUCUGGGAUUUCCUCGUUGGAAGAAUGACCGUGUGAGAAAGCUUUACAAUCUGAGAGGCAGAGAAAUCCGAAGUGUUCCUGAGUUCUUCAGGGAAGGUGAUGCGUUCAUAGCUAUGGGGAAGGAGCCUCUUACUUUGAAGGACCUGGAGGUGGUAUUACAAGAACUUUAUCCAGAAAAUCCUUAUGCUGCCAGUGCUGCCAUUCAGCAGAAUGAGGAGCAGUCCCAAAAGCUGAAAAGCAGGCUGUAUGACAAGGCCUCGAAAGUAGACAGUGGYUUUGAUGAGACAGAAAUGUCCAAGAACUGUGGCGAUGGCUUGUCAUCCCAGCUGGCAGCUGGACAUGAAGGAAAAAGUCAAGCCAAGACAAAGCAAGAGGAAAAAGUGAAAACUAAAAAAAAGUGGACUAGAGAGAGCUGGGGURGUGAGCCUGGAGUGAAGCCUUCUAGAAAAACACGAGAAAGUGAAAGAUACCUUAACCAUGAGAGGAGUUCUGAGGAAGGCUUAGAAGACAGUGCGGAGAAGGUGCUGAGGUGUGAGAAGUGUGAACAGGAGAGGCAGGCCAGGGAGAAGUUACAGAGGGAAAGGCAGRCUGAGGCCUCAUUUGAGAAUAGAGACUUGAACACAGGCGCCUGUCAGAGGUACAACGUAGAAAGAAAUGCAAAAAUCAGGAACUGCCGAAAACCUUGUGAAACUUGUCUGGAGGGUGAGGAAGUUGGCUGGAAAGACAAUAGCAGUAGGAGGAUCUGGAAGCCAUUACACAGGAUUGUUAAUGAAGGRCUGGAAAAGAAAAAAAGGAGCACUGAGAAGGAAAGGGAUGUGGAGAAGCAUGAAAACCAUGGGAAGGAAGUAGUAAAAAUCAGGAAGAACGCUGUAGAAGGGCUCCAGCUGUCUCRUGAAGUGAAGGAAGAUAAUGGAAGUAGCUGUGUAAUGAACCAAACUGGCUGGGUAAAGAAAGACACUCUGAGGGAUGCUGAGAAAAUGUCUAAAACACACAGGGAGGGCAGAGAGGGACAAAGGGCUAAAGAGGAAGCUGCCAGAAGGGAAGGGAAUGCCAUAUGUAGAGAGAGUGACAUGACUCGACGAGAAAAAACAGGGGAGCGCAGAGUGAAUAAAGAGGACGCCAAGGCUCAGGGAUUGGAGARCAACAGCCGGAGGUAUGCCAUUAAAAGCAGAACUGAUGUGGAAAAACACUAUGAGAUUGGCAGAACUAUUGGGGAUGGGAACUUUGCAGUGGUGAAGGAAUGUCGCCACUGUGAUUCCAAACAGAUCUAUGCUAUGAAAAUAGUUGAUAAAUCCAAGCUGAAGGGGAAGGAGGACAUGAUGGAAAGUGAAAUUCUGAUUAUUCGGAGUCUCUCRCAUCCCAAUAUAGUAAGCUUAAUUGAGGUGUAUGAGACAGAAGCUGAGAUCUACUUAAUCCUAGAGUAUGUCCCAGGAGGGGACUUAUUUGAUGCAAUCAUAGAAAGUGUGAAGUUCACGGAGCACGAUGCUGCUGUCAUGAUCACUGAUCUGUGUGAAGCAUUGGUUUAUAUUCACAGCAAGAACAUUGUCCACAGGGACCUCAAACCGGAGAAUCUUUUGGUUCAACACAACGCAGAUAAAUCUACUACACUGAAACUGGCAGAUUUCGGCCUCGCAAAGCAGGUUACAAAACCCAUAUUUACUGUCUGUGGAACACCAACGUAUGUUGCUCCUGAAAUACUUGCUGAGAAGGGCUAUGGACUUGAAGUAGACAUGUGGGCAGCCGGUGUGAUCCUGUACAUCCUGCUCUGCGGUUUUCCCCCUUUUCGCAGUCAGGACCGCGAUCAAGACGAGCUGUUCCAGAUCAUACAGCUGGGUCACUUUGAGUUCUUAUCCCCUUAUUGGGACAAUAUUUCUGCAGCAGCRAAAGACCUCAUCACCAGGCUGUUGAUAGUGGAUCCCCAGAAACGCUACACAGCACGUCAAGUACUUCAGCACCCCUGGAUCAGAACAGCUGGGAAAACUAACAGCAGGAAUUUGCAGAGGGAAGUGACCAUAAAUAUUGAGCGCCAUUUCCGGGCCCAGCGCCGAAAGGAAGUUGCUGAUGAGAAAACAUGAAMUCUUUCAAGCUCAUUUUGUCUUCUUUUAAUUGAUUAACAGUUCAUUUAUGUUUUCUAAAUGAAUUGGGAAUUCAAUGUGUACCUGUUGGUGGCUAUUGCCAUGCCUUUUUUUUUUUUUGAUUCUGAGAUUCUGAAGGACAAAGAUCAAAUUUACACUCACCUCCUCUGAUCUUGGCAGUCUCUCUGUUGAAAGCAGUGAGGACUAGAUAAAUUCUGGAGGGUGUCUAUUAUUUUUCUUUAAAUACUGAUUUUGGCUUUUACAUCUGUUUAAGAUGGAAAAUGUUUGCUUAUGUGACUGGCACUAGUGGUGAUUCUUCUCUCAUCGUUUUUGUAUAAUACCUUUGAGGGGUUUUGUGUUUAUAAUGUUUUCAAAAUAGCUGUCUGCAUACACAUCUUGCACUAAUUCUUUAAACUGUCUUUUCACUAAUUCCUUCUAGCCACAGAGAAGGAAGAAUAAAAAGUAAAUGCAUU